AAAUGCGGCCGCCGCCUGCGCUCGCUCCAGCUGCCUGGCAGUCCCCACCUAGGGCACGCUGCCCACGCCGUUACCUGGUCCAACUGCCCGCGAGGCUCCGCCCGUCGGCUCCGCUCUGCAGCUGCGUCUCUGAGCUGCCUGGCAGGCUCAGGCUCUGACACAUUGGUUCUCGGCUGCCAAGCGCCAUGAGGGGCCUUCUUUGCGGGCCACUGCCCAUGUUGCUGCUCCUUCUCCAGCCUUGGGAAACCCAGCUAGGGUUGGCAGGUCCCAGAUGCCAUACUGGGCCCCUGGAUUUGGUGUUCGUGAUUGACAGCUCCCGCAGCGUGCGCCCCUUCGAGUUUGAGACGAUGAGGCACUUCCUGGUAGGCCUUCUCCGUGGUCUGAAUGUGGGGCCCAACGCCACGCGCGUCGGCGUGAUCCAGUAUUCGAGUCAAGUGCAGAGCGUCUUCCCGCUUGGCGCCUUCUCGCGCCGCGAAGACAUGGAGCGCGCCAUCCGCGCUCUGGUGCCGCUGGCGCAGGGCACCAUGACGGGGCUGGCAAUCCAGUACGCCAUGAACGUGGCCUUCAGCGUGGCCGAGGGCGCGCGCCCGCCCGAGGAGCGUGUGCCGCGUGUCGCCGUCAUUGUGACGGACGGGCGGCCCCAGGACCGCGUGGCCGAGGUGGCGGCGCAGGCGCGCGCCCGUGGCAUUGAAAUUUACGCUGUAGGAGUGCAGCGCGCCGAUGUAGGCUCUCUGCGCGCCAUGGCGUCGCCCCCUCUGGAUGAGCACGUCUUCCUCGUAGAGUCCUUCGACCUCAUCCAGGAGUUUGGUCUGCAGUUCCAGGACCGGCUAUGUGCCAUUAACCUGUGUGCUGAAAGGACCCAUGGCUGUGAGCACCAUUGUGUCAAUUCCCUGGGCUCUUAUUUCUGUCGCUGCCGGGCUGGCUUUGUACUCCAGCAGGACCAGAGGAGCUGCAGGGCCAUUGACCACUGCGGCUUCAGGAACCAUAGCUGUCAGCAUGAGUGUGUUAGCACCCUUAGUGGGCCACGAUGCCGCUGCAGAGAGGGCCAUGACUUGCUACCUGACGGGAGGAGCUGUCAGGUCCGGGACCUUUGUAAUGGCGUGGACCAUGGCUGUGAGUUCCAGUGUGUGAGUGAGGGCUUCUCCUACCGCUGCCUGUGCCCCGAAGGGCGGCAACUUCAGCCAGAUGGCAAGAGCUGCAACCGGUGUCGGGAAGGUCACGUGGACCUCGUUCUCCUGGUCGACGGUUCCAAGAGUGUGCGCCCGCAGAACUUCGAGCUGGUGAAGCGCUUCGUGAACCAGAUCGUGGACUUCCUGGACGUGUCCCCGGAGGGCACGCGCGUGGGGCUGGUGCAGUUCUCCAGCCGCGUGCGCACCGAGUUCCCGCUGGGUCGCUACGGCACCGCGGCGGAGGUGAAGCAGGCGGUCCUGGCGGUGGAGUACAUGGAGCGCGGAACCAUGACCGGGCUGGCGCUGCGGCACAUGGUAGAGCACAGCUUCUCCGAAGUUCAGGGUGCGCGGCCCCGCGCCCUCAACGUGCCUCGCGUCGGCCUGGUCUUCACCGAUGGCCGCUCACAGGAUGACAUCUCGGUGUGGGCAGCGCGCGCCAAGGAGGAAGGCAUCGUCAUGUACGCCGUGGGCGUGGGCAAAGCGGUGGAGGAGGAACUGCGUGAGAUCGCUUCGGAGCCGGCGGAGUUGCACGUGUCCUAUUCCCCCGACUUCAGCACCAUGACGCACCUGCUGGAGAACCUCAAAGGCAGCAUCUGCCCGGAGGAGGGCAUCGGCGCCGGGACGGAGCUUCGAAGCCUGUGCGAAUGCGAAAGCCUCGUGGAGUUCCAGGGCCGCACGCUGGGGGCGCUCGAGAGCUUGACGCAGAACCUGGCCCAGCUGACCGCGCGCCUGGAGGAUCUGGAGAACCAGCUGGCCAAUCAGAAGUGAGGGCCACGGGUGGCCCAGACGCAGGCUGGGGCGCGGCCCCCCACCGCCCGACUGUGCUCCUCGCGCCCGUCGGGGCGCCCGGGCCGGGCAGAACCUGGGCGCCUCGGGCUUGGGUUGUCGGGCUGGAGGCGCUGGCGGGCUCCCAGC